AAAAAAAAAACAAAACAAAACAAGGUAAAAUAAAGGAAGGAAAACUAAGCAAGCAGCCAGACAAAACCGCAGGCACUAAAGAUAACAAAAAGUAAUGGAACUAAUUGCUCGACGAAAGGCGGCCAGCCUAUCAGUCAACAGCCCAUUGUUCCACACGAAAGUGAAAAUGCCAAUGCCAAGCUCAAAGCCAACUAGCUGGUAAUAAUAAUUGGAGCAACUGCAACUUGCAACCUGCAACUAAGCAUUUGCACUUGCAACUAACAGCACUUGCAACAACUAGUAUAUAAAAGCAAGUGCUUGACGCGCAGCCGCCGACAGUUGAAAUUCGCCAGUAGCCGCGAAACGAGCUCGUAAUUCGAAAAUCUGCAUUCAUCAAUUGCUGAAAUAUUCAAAUUCAUAUAUCGAGGCGGUGGGAAUAUUCAAGUUUGUUGGCCAACAUGAGGAAGCAUUGCAUCAAUUUGAUUUGGCUGCUGUUGGUGCUUAAGCUGACUUUGAUCAGAGGUGAACAGCAGGCAGAAGACACACACAGAAUUCAGCGGCGUUUCAUGUGGCAAGAGAUGAAUAACUCCGUGAUGGGCGGCGUGCUGGGACGAAUGUUCAACGGAGCCAGGGCCAUGAAGACCAUGUUCACGGAUCUAAUACCCAGCACGGCGGGAUAUAAUCAAAAAGCAGCCAUGGACUUCCUACCCACAGAGAUGACGCGAGUGAAGUACAUCAUUCGGAAUCCCCACAAUAACAAGCCCAUGAAGAUCAUCAAGAUGCGACCUUCGCCAAAGAAGGUGAUCAAACUAAGGAGACCCCUGCCAAAGCCCACCAUCACCGAAUCCACUGUGAUGAUUUCCCAUGUGGGCCAUGGUGAUCAUCGAAUGAGACAGCUGGAAAAGGAGCAGGAACUCAUAGCCGAGGGCAAAGCACCCAUGACCAGUGAUGAGGCCAUAAUGGAGAAGUACUUCAAGAAGCGACCUCGUGGCGGCUCCUCCAACGAAGUGGUCUCUGGCAAGAUCAUGGAGUACCAAAGCUGGAAACCUGUCUACAAGGCGGGUGAAAUGCCCUCGACUUUUGUGACCCUGCGACCACAAGCUCUAACCCAUCUGCACACGGAUAUAUCCAGUGGAGAUCAUGAAAUGUUGCCAAAACCCGAGAAGCUGGUGAGCUACGAAUAUGAAAGGGAAGAGGAUGAGGAGGCCGAGAACGAGGUGGCCAAGCAAAUGGGUCAUCGGUACGAGGUCACCGAACAUACAGGAGAAGCCACUGGUGAAAUGGAAACCGUAGAGGCAGUGGCCUCAAUGGAAAGUGGUUUUGUGCCCAGUCAGGGAAUGACUUUCAGAUCUCAGCCACCAUCAACACCACAUCAUAGUCCAAAGCCCAGACAUCGCAGUCCUUCCAGUACUACAACUUCCACCACUACGACCGAGGCACCUAACUAUCCCCCCGCUUUUCUAAAGAAAUAUCGAGAACGUGAGGCCACCACCACGCGAAGACCUCGUAAAUACCACAAUAAGGAAGUCUAUCUGAUCCGUGAGGGCGAGGAUGGCUCGGAAGGCAGUACCACGCCGCCAUCCUUUGCGAUGAGCAGUUUGAGGGCUCGCCUUCAGGAUCAACAGCGUCACCAGAAACAGCAACACAAACAACAGCUCGAAGACGAGGAGAUGGAGGCCGCACUCGUCGAUGCCAUGCACGGUGAGAAAUGGCCAUCGGAGGUGGCCCACAGCGGAUUCCAACUGGCCAGUCCCAUUGGGCCAAGUGCCGUGGCCUUCGAGCAACCCCUGGCCAAGGCGCCAAGGGGACAAUAUAAGCGCCAGACUCGCGAUAAUAUCCGGCAACGUGGAUCCAUCAAGUUUGGCGAUAAACCCAACUACGAUGAAGCCUGAGCAGUCUGAAGGCGGUUCACCAGUUAGCAACCAAAGAGCCAAAAGCUGCCGUUAAGCUACACGUUGAGAAAAAAUAUUUACAAAAAAAUCGGUUGAUUUUUAACGAGAAAUGCCUGUGACUUGUGUGAAACUAUCAACAACUUUUGGCUUUUAUUUAAUUUAACAUAAAAAAUUUAACAAAAACAAAAACGUUUUAUUCAGUACAAAAA